AUGCUGCAAGCCGCUGCGAUCACGGAGCUGCUUUCGCGCCUCAUUAGCGACGAUGCUUCCGAGGCUGGGAUCGUGCGGCCGCACACGGCGCUUCUGUCGCUCGUCGACUCGUCCGAGCUCUACGCCGUAGCCACCAAGCUGGUGGAGCAUCCACCGGCUCGAUCUGCCGUCGCAUCCAUCCUCGCCAGCACCGCCGCAGCUGCUGGCACACCGCCGCCUUCGCAGCUCUCCUACUCCCGCGCCGCGCCACUCACGCUCGACGAGCGCGCGGCGUGUCUCUCGGCCAUCGCCGUGACGGCGUGGAGACAGGCGGCCGAGCCGAGCACGGCAACUUCCAACAACGGUGUCGCGCGUUCGGAUGCAGGCGUCGUCGUGAUGCCCGGCGCGUCGGUGUCGGUGGCCAAGCACGCUGCGCGGAUGGCGGGGUUGGGCGGUGGGAAUCCGGGUAAAGAGCUCGUGCCGCUGUUGUUGGAGAGCGAUCUGGGCCGCGUGCUGGUGAUGCCGAUCGUGCCUGCUCCGACGGCCAGUCCUUCGCGCAACGAGCCCGCGCACGACGAUGUGCACGACGACUCACCCGCAUUCGCAGAGCACUCGAAACCGCUCAUGCUGCUCACGCUCAAUGCCUCCUGCAGCGCCGCGCCCUCGAUCGCGCCCAAGAGUCCCGCGACGGCCAACGCGACGAGUCCGGCACUCACAUCGUCCGUGGCCACGCUGUCGGCGAACAACGCGACGCGCUCGCGCCUGCGCUCCGGAGGCACCACACCCACCUCUGCGCGCUCCGAACACACGCCCACGCCGUCGCGCUCGCCCGUGUCGGACCACUUUCCCGCCGGCUCCACCACUCUUCCCUCGGCACCUGCGGCUGGCGACGCCGAGACUGCCGCUGCCGCACCUGAAGCUGAUGUUGCCAGCGAGUGGGAUGCCAAGCAGUGGACCGCACUCUAUGCCCAGGCCAAGGCGUUGGCCCGGGUGCUGGCGCCCAGUUUGGCGCAGAGCGGAGUGGCGCACGACCACCACGACGACGCAGCGGGCGAAGGCAGACACUCGACGCUCGUCAGCGACGAUGAGGCCGAGGCGUAG